AGUAAAGACUGUUGAUGGAGACUAAGGCAAAACAAUAAAAUGUCUUGUGCGGCAAACAAAGCGCUUUCUCUUUUUUGUGUCAUCUAGAAAAGGAAUUUCACGCAUAAAAUUGUUCAAAACAUAAACAAGCUGCUACUAAAACAUUUUAUAACUAUGAAUUAUUCGUGCCAGUCAACAAGAAAAGAAUUUUCAUUGUUUGAAUUCCGGGAACAGUACUUGAUAAAAAUUUCUUUUUAUACAUAGCAUGAGACUUUGCAAUGUCUAAAUUCCUAAAACGUCAUUCUUUACUCUCACCCUAUUACCGAUGCCCUGUGUGGGUAACAAAUGCACACAAAACCAAUACAUUUUUUGUCUAUGAUCCAUUUAGCAACAAUCGUUCGGUUUUGUUUCAUACGCUUACAAAAGCAACGUUUCAAAAAUACUUUAAAACAUCAGAACUAAUGAAAAUGAUAUCGCGUUUAUAUCCUUUUUUUUGGCUUCAAGAUUCUCCACACCGAUUUCGGGUUAUCUUUUCUGUGGCCUCUAUGAUUGUUGCAAAAUUAAUAACGAUACAAACUCCAUUGCUGCUUGGUCAGUUAAUCGACAAUUUAUCUCAAAAUGAAGAAUCCAUUUUAAACAAUCUACCAAACGAAUUCUUGAAUAAAACGAGGAACGAUAAUGGUAGCGUAGAGGCUCCUAUCAUCGAAAAACCUGUGCCACUCGUUCUCUCUGCUCUAGCCCUUAUUUCUGGUUAUGGUGCUUCAAGAAUCCUAGCGUCGGGCUUCAAUGAACUCCGUAAUGCAUUAUUUAGCCGAGUAUCUUAUUCAGCUUGUUCUGCAAUUGCUUGUACAACUUUUAAGCAUUUGCAUUCUAUUGAUUUAGAUAUUUUACUUCAAAGUAAAGCAGGAGAGCUUUCGUUAAUUAUUUCACGAGGCAUUCGAUCUAUUACUGGAUUGCUAAAUGCAUUACUUUUUCAAAUAGUUCCAUCUAUCUUGGAGUUUUCCCUAGUGUUAUCUCUUUUAGCAUGGAAAGUUGGUAAAGAUAUAGCAGGUGCAACGUUAGUCACUAUGGCGGCUUACGUUAUUUUUACUGCUAAAGUGACCCAAAAACGAACUGUGUAUAGAAAAUUGAUGAAUGAAGCGGAACAAAAAACAUCAGGGGUUCUUCUAGACUCCAUCAUGAACUCAGAAUCCAUUCGGUUUUUUGCCAACGAACCAUUAGAACUUGGAAAGUAUCGUUCAAUACAAAAGCAUUCUCAAAAUGCUAGUAUUAAGGUAGCACAGUCCUUGGCGUUUUUGAAUUUCGGACAACAAUUGAUUUUUAACGUCGGACUUUGUUCCUCCAUGUUAUUAACAGCUUCUCAUAUAUUAUCUAAUACAAUCCCUGUUGGAACAAUGGCAUUCGUUUCCAGUCUAUUAUUCCAGCUGUCCAUACCUCUUAACAUGCUAGGCUCUGUCUACAGAGAUACGCGUUCUCAUCUUGUUGACUUGGAAAAGCUUUAUGAAGUGUUAUCUAUUAAACCAACUUGUUUUUCUAUUCCGCAUGCUAAAUCUCUACAAUUAACCCCAACAAGUGCUAUAAAAUUUGAAGACGUUAGUUUUGGCUAUAAAAAGGACAAUAUUGAUCAACAGACUAGUCGUUUAUACGAACCAACACCGUACUCAAAAUAUACUCCUAUUUUAUCCAACUUAAACUUGGAAAUACCACAAGGCUCAAAAAUUGGAAUUGUCGGAACAUCAGGAUCUGGAAAAUCGACUCUUUUCAAAUUACUCUUCAGAUUGUAUGAUCCACAUGAAGGCCGAAUCACAAUCAAUGGUGACGAUCUUCGUACUCUCAAUAUUAGGUCUUUACGAGAGAAUAUUGGAAUCGUUCCACAAGAUUUAACUCUUUUUCACGAUACAAUUUUAAUGAAUUUACGUUAUGGAAACAUGAAUGCGAGCUUUCAACAAGUUAUUCAAGCAACAAAAGCAGCACAAAUUUAUGACACUAUCAUUAAUAACUUUAGUCAAGGUUUUGACACAAUCGUUGGAGAAAGAGGCCUUAAACUAAGUGGAGGAGAAAAACAAAGAAUCGCUAUCGCUCGAUGUUUACUCCGAAACCCACGCAUUUUAUUACUUGAUGAGCCUACAUCUUGCCUUGAUUCCAUCACUGAAAAAAAUAUUAUGAAUCAGUUUAAAAAGUUAACGGACACAACAGUUAUUGUUGUAGCUCAUCGUUUAGGCACUAUAGUAGAUGCUAAUAUGAUCUAUGUCUUUAAUCGAGGAAGGAUUGUGGAACAAGGCACACACCAACAACUUAUUUCUAUUCCUAAUGGCUACUAUUCAGAUUUGUGGAACGAGCAGAGAAGAAACGAUUUAUCACUUUUUACCUCUUAAGUUUAAUUUGAAGGUAUAUUUAUUUAAAACGAAAAAAAAUCUUAAAUUUUUCUUAUUGAUAUUUCCGUGUACAAAUACUAUUUGUUUUUUGGUUUGUGGAUUAUUUUCUUUAACUCAAAUAACAUUAUAUUUUCGACUGUA